CCACAGAAGUGUCAGUGUCAGUGUGUUUGGAACAUUGAAGUAUGUAGACACAUUCUCUCCACUGGGUAAAUCCAGACAUUCGGGAGAAAUAAACUGCUUCCGGUCAGCAUGCGGACUGCCUGCAGGAGCGUCCUGUGCCGCCUGCAUCACUGCGGGCCUCUGGCUGUGUGGAGGCGGCUGCUGUCUUCUUCUGCUCCCCCAUGGAGGCUCCUGUUCUUCGGCUCUGAUCAGUUCGCUGUGGAGUCUCUAAAACUCCUCACAUCCGACAGGAACUCCUGUGGAGGGAUAGUGGAGUCCCUUGAAGUUGUUUCUUUGUCUGCUGACAUCCCAGUGAGGAGGUUCGCGCAACAGAACCAGCUGCCGCUCCACAGCUGGCCCCUGGGUGAUCAGCAUGGACAGUUUGAUGUUGGGGUGGUGGUGUCUUUUGGCUGUUUACUCCAAGAGAGACUAAUCAACAAGUUUCCAUAUGGGAUCUUGAACGUUCACCCCAGCCUGUUGCCGCGGUGGCGAGGUCCAGCACCUGUCCUACACACUAUCAUGCACGGUGACACAGUGACAGGAGUCACCAUCAUGCAGAUUCAUCCUCACAGGUUCGAUGUGGGUCCCAUCCUCACCCAGGAGCUCCAUCCUGUCCCUGAGAACUGCACUGCCGACGAGCUCGGAGCCACCCUGGCCACUAAAGGAGCACAUCUGCUGAUGGACACGCUGAGGACACUGACAGAGAGAAUAGAAAAUAAAAGGGAGCAGAGUCGGACAGGUGCAACCUUUGCCCCCAAAAUCCACAAAUCCAUGAGUUGGAUGGUGUGGGAGGAACACACUUGUGACCAAAUUGAUCGUUUGUAUCGUGCCAUUGGAUCCAGGAUACCUUUAAGAACCAUAUGGAUGGGCAGCACAAUAAAGCUUCUUGAUUUUGUAGGAAAAUGUCACAUUUCAUUAUCAGAUGAAAGGAGGGAACCAGUCCCAGGCUCAGUGAGCUAUCUGAAGGAGUCCAACACCCUGGCUGUCAGGUGUAAGGAUGGGUGGGUGGGCUUCAAGACAGUGCUCCUGAAAAAGAAGCUGACAGCAGCUGACUUCUAUAACGGCUACCUGCACCAGACAAUGAAGACAGUGACGCCCCAUCAGACGGCUGCAGGCCUGUUCAUCAGUAGUAAAGGAGUAACAGAGGCUGAUCAGAUAAGAGGGAAAUCAAGAUAGUUCAUUUCUUCCUCUUGUCUGCAUGUACAGUACAGUAUUACUGUAUUAACCAUAAAUGAAUGUGCUGCUGAUGGACAGAUACUGAAAUCAGUCAUUAAAGUGUAUUUAUAUAAAUAUUAUCCUAAAAUGACUAUGACUUUUAAGAUUUAAUUCAACAGUCAUGUGUAUGUAUGGACAGAUUGUUAGGACCACAGAGCCUGGACACAAACCGGCCAUGAACCUCCACCUCCACUCAGCCAGUGUGUGUGUGUGUGUGUCCUCUGUGCACAGAAGCACAGGACAACACACACA